GAACAAGAACAAAAGAAAAUAAUAGUGGAUCAAGAUAAUUUCGUAGUAAAUUGGUUAUCAUCUAGUCAAUCUUUUCAUCAACAACAAAAAACAAAUUUAACUAACAAUUAUAACAAUAGUUGUUAUAAUAACAAUAAUAAUAUUCAUAAUAAUCUAAAUAAUUUAUUUAAAUUAAAUGAUAAUGAUAUUAUAAAAAACAUAAAAAAUCAUAAUGAAAUAAAAGAAAUUAACAAUAAUAUAAAUUCUAAUAUAUUAGAUUUAAAAGGUAAUACGAUAAUACAGCAAAAAAAACAACAGCAAAUAGUAUAUCAACAAUUACAACAGCAACAAGAAGAAUAUCAAGAACCACAACAACAAGAAAAUCAAUUAAUAUCAUCAAAAUUAUUUAAAUUACAAAAUAAUUUAACUAAAGAUAUAACAGCAUCAACAACAACAACAACAACAACAAUAAAAUUAACUGAUGUACCAUUAAUAAAAACAACAUCAAAAAUUAUAAGAUCAUCAUUAAUUUCACCAUCAGUAUUAUCAUCUUCACCAUCAUCAUAUUGGGCAAAUAAUCAAUGUAAUUAUAAUAAUAACAACAGUAAUAAUCAAGAACAACAACAACAACAACAACAAAAAGAUUAUAAUAAUAAAAAAAAUAAUUUAAAUCAAAUUUAUUAUAACAAUAAUAAUCAACAACAGUAUUAUAAUAAUCAUUAUCAUCAACAUCAUCAUCAUUAUUAUUAUCACCAUCAUCAUCAUCAUCAUCAUUAUAAUAAUAAUUUAAAAAAGAUUAUAAAUCAAAAGAAUAUAAUUCAAAAUAAUCACAUUAUAUUUAAUAAUUAUCAACAACAACAACAACAAUUUCAACAAAAACCUAAAAUUGAGCAACCAGCACAACAAGAACAAAAAGAAUAUCAACAACAACAAUUAAAAAAAGAAUUACAAUCAUCUAUCGAAAAUAAAUUAUCAUCAUAUAUUCAAAAAUCAACAAUAAUAAGUAAUUUUAAUUAUCCAAUGACAACAGGGAUAAAAAAUUCUAAUAUUUAUAACAAUUAUAAUAGCAAUAAUAACAAUAAUAAUAGCAAUAGUAAUAAUAGUAGUAAUAACAACAAUAAUAAUAAUAAUAAUAAUAAUAAUAAUAAUAAUAAUAAUAAUAAUAAUAAUAGCAAUAAUAAUAAUAAUAAUAACAAUAAGAAUAACGAUAACAAUUUAAUAAUAAAAAUGAAUCCAGAAUUUUGGCAACAAUCUCGUGGACCACCAUCAUCAAUUGGUUCAUCAACAACAAUAUUAACAAAUCAUCCAAUAUUGUCAGUACCACCUAUUGCAAAUAUUGUUCCAAUUAAUGAUAAUAUUAUUAAUAAUAGUAAUAAUACAUCAUCAGCAACAACAAAUAUAAUAGCACCAGUAGUAGCAGCACCAUCAGCAUCAUCUUCAUCAUCUUCAUUAUUAUCAAAUAAUUUUAAAAAUUUUGAUAAUACAAGUAAUACUAAUAAUAAUAAUAAUAGCAAAGAUAAUUGUAAUAAAUAUGAACAACAAUCAAAUUAUAUACAUCAUCAUCAUACAAAUACAAAUUUAAUUAAUAAUGCAGCUGUUGCAGCUGCAGCAGCAUCAGCUAGUAUAUUAGCACAAUCAGCAUUACAUCAUCAACUACAUCAUCAAUUACAUAACAAUAAUAAUACUAAUAAUAAUACUAAUAAUAAUAAUAAUAAUAUACAAUCUCAAGAAACAUCAUUAAUAACAAUUGAAUCAACAAAUAAUAAUAAUAAUAAUAAUAUAACAACAACUUCAACAACAACAACAACAACAUUAACAACAACGGGUAGUAGUAGUAGUUCAAUAAUAAAUCAAGAUAACAAUAAUUAUUCAAAUGAUAAUAGUAAUAUUAAAAUAAAUAAUAAUGAUACUAAUAAUAGCGAUAAUAAUAAUAAUGAAAUAAUAAAUAAUAAUAGUGAUAGUAAUAAUAUUGAUAUAAGAAAUAAUAAUGAAAUAAAUGAUAAUAAUGAUAUUAGAAAUAAUAACAUUGAUCAUCAUACAAUAUUUCAUCAUAUUACAAAUCGUCAACAUCAUCAACAAAAUCAAAAUAUAUCACAACAACAGCAACAACAACAUCAAUUAAUUAAUCAAACAAAUCAAACUUUACAACAGCAUUAUAAUUUACAACAACAACAACAACAACAUAAUAACGAUAGCAAUAAUAAUAAUAAUAAUGAAAAUUUAAAUAAUUCUGAGACAAAUUGUAAUAAUUCAAAUAAUGGAAAUAAUAAUAAUACAAAUUCAUCAUCACAUCAUCCGCCACAAAGUAUAACACCAUCACAAAUUGGUGUUAAUAGUGAAGAAAACCCAAAUUCACCAACAUCAAGAGAUCCAAAAUAUAAUAAUAAUGAUAAAUUUACAAAUGAGGUUCAGCUACAGCUAUCACGAUCAAGUAGUGCAGCGGCAAUAAGUGAACGGACUUUAGAAGAAUGUUGGUCAACCCUGCAACGUUUAUUUAUGCACAAAAGCGCUAUGCAACAAAUACAACAAAUACCAAGAGUUAAUUUAAGUAGUUCCGGUGGUUUAUCUGGUUCAACUGGAAGCGGUGAAAUUAAACCACAUCAAUGUCAACAAUGUUUAAAAAGUUUUUCAAGUAAUCAUCAAUUAGUUCAACAUAUAAGAGUACAUACUGGUGAAAAACCAUAUAAAUGUACAUAUUGUGAUAGAAGAUUCAAGCAAUUAUCUCAUGUUCAACAACAUACAAGAUUACAUACAGGUGAACGACCUUAUAAAUGUCAUUUACCUGAAUGUGGACGAGCAUUUAUACAAUUAUCAAAUUUACAACAACAUUUAAGAAACCACGACGCUCAAGUUGAACGUGCUAAAAAUCGUCCAUUUCAUUGUAAUAUAUGUGGUAAGGGAUUUGCCACUGAAUCAAGUUUAAGAACGCAUACGUCCAAGGAAUUGCAAUUACAUUUAGGUGUUUUACAACAACAUGCAGCACUAAUAGGUGGCGCUAGUGCUACUUCAUGUCCUAUUUGUCAUAAAUUAUUUAUAGGUGGAGAGGCUCUUAUGGAGCAUAUGAAACAUUCACACAAAGAUAAUAGCAUAUCGGGAGUUCCAACUCCAUUAAAUUCUCCAUCAAAAUCACCACCACCAAAUAAUUAUUAUCCAACACCAGCAUUUUUUCAAAAAUCUAUAAAAAAUCAUAAUGAUGAUAUGAGUGAUUAUGAAAUUGAUAAUAUAAGAAAAUCAUGUUUAAAUUCAUCUGAUUCAUAUUUGGCAAAACGUAGAACAGCUAAUCAUCCAUGCCCGGUAUGUGGAAAAUAUUAUGUAAAUGAAGGUUCUUUACGUAAACAUUUGGCAUGUCAUCCGGAAACAUCACAAUUGACAAAUAGUUUAAGAAUGUGGCCAUGUUCUGUUUGUCAAGCAGUUUUUACACAUGAAGCUGGUCUUUUAACCCAUAUGGAACAUAUGCGUAUGGAUCCAAAACAUCAAUUUGCCGCUCAGUAUGUUUUAUCACGCGCAGCUGCUGAAAGACGUGAACGUGAUACAUUAUUAGCAGCAGUUGCUGUAUCAGCAUCUGGUUCUGGUCUAUUAUCUUCAAUUGGUAAUAAUGCUGGUUCAAGUAUUGAAAGCGGUAAUGGUAAUAAUUCAAUUUGUCCAUCACCAUCACCUUCAGAGAGUUCCUCCAAUGGAGGACGGUUAUCAUCGACAAGUUCUGAACACUGUAGUAGCUUAUUAAAUAAUAGUAGUAAUAACAACAAUAAUAAUAACAAUAAUAAUGACUGUGGCAGUAAAUUAAGUGAUAUAUUAAGGAAUUCAACAACAUCAACAAAUAAUAGUAAUAAUAAUCAACAUCAAAAUCAACAACAACAACAUCAUCAUCAUCACCAUCAUCAAACACAUCAUCAUCAUCAUAUUAAUCAACAUUAUAGUGUUGAAGAUUUACAUGCAAAUCGUAUGACACUAAUGGCUGCUGCAGCUAAUAUUGCUAAUUCUGGUGGUAAUUUAGUAUCACCAGUUGGUAGUGUUGUUGAUUCAACAACAGCAGCUGGAGCUGUUGUACAACAAGCUGUAGUUAAUUUAGCUGCUGCGAUGCGUAUCAAUCAACAAGUGAAUAGUUGCCAAAAUUUAAAUAUUAAUUUAAAUAAUAAUCAAAAUAAUUCAAAUAAUAACGGUAAUAGUGGCAAUACUAGUAUUAAUAAUAAUAAUAACAACAAUAAUAAUAAUAGUAAUAACAAUAAUAAUAAUAAUAAUAAUAAUAAUAAUAAUAAUAUAAUAAAUAAUAUUGGUAUAACAAAUUCUAGUACAUCAUCAAAUAAUUUAACUGGAUUAAGUGGUAAUGAUGUAACAUCAGUAGCAUCUGCAGCUGUUGCACAAGUUGCUAUGAAUGCAAUGCGUGUAUCAAUGGCCGAUACUCUCAUGAGAACACAAAUGGAACAACAACAACAACAACAACCUACACAAUCAUCAUCGUCGUCAUCAGUAACAGCAACAAAUCUUAUUAUAGGCAAUAAUAACAAUAAUAAUAAUAAUGAUAAUCAAAUGAAUGCUACAAAAUCAUCAUCAACAACAGAAAAUGAUUCAAAUUACAAUAAUAAUAACAAUAGUAAUAUUACUAAUAAUAACAAUAAUAGUAAUAAUAAUGAUAAUAAUUCAAUUAAUAUAAAUCAAUUAAAUAAUCAUCAUCUGCAUCAAUCACAUUUACAUCAUCAUUCACAUUUACAUCAUCAUCCUUCACAUCAUAAUACUACAUCAUCAUCAUCAUCAAUAAAUUCAACAAAUUUAUCGCAUACAAAUGAUGCACAAUUAUCAUUUCGACAUCAAGCUGAAGCAUUACUUAGAUCACAAGCAGAAGCUGCAAUACGUUUAGCUGUAUCAGUUGCUACAUCAAAUAGUAAUAAUAGUAAUAACAAUAAUACAUCAAAUGAUUCUAAUAAUAGUAACUUAAGACAAAAUAAUAGUAAUAAUAGUAAUAACAAUAAUAACAGUGAUAAUAAUACUAAUAAUAAUAAUGUAUUUGGAAUUGGUGGUUCAACAUCAACAACUAACAAUACAAAUAAUAUUAAUAAUUCAAAUAAUAACAAUAAUAAUAAUAAUAAUAACAAUAAUAAUAAUAAUAACAACAAUAGUAAUAAUAAUGAAAGUAGUAAUAGCAGUUUACAACAACAUCAAUUUACAACAUCAUCAUCCUUAUCAACACAGCAAGCGCAACAACAACUGCAACAACAACAAUCACAAUCGAAUAUUGCUUCUAAUCUUAAUAAUAAUAAUAAUAACAACAGUAAUAAUAAUAAUAAUAAUAAUAAUAAUAAUAAUAACAGUAAUAGUAAUAAUAUACAACAAGUUAGUUCUAGUGAUUUAUCAGAAGCAAUAAGAUUACAAGAACAUAGAUUAGAACAAGCCUUACGAUUGCAUAAUGAUGCAAGAGCAUUAAAUUUUUUAACAUCAAAUAUUGUUAAUAAUACUGCACAACAACAACAACAGCAACCACAAUUAACAAGAAUAAAUAGUAGUAAUAAUAGUAAUGAUGCAAAUAAUGAAAACAAUGAUGUAUUGUCAAAUAAUAAUAAUAAUAAUGAUAAGAAUGGAGUACAACCAUCACCAGUAUUAGAUUAAUCGAUUAAUGUUUUUUAGUUAAAACAAAAGGCAAAAAUUUUAAAUUAAAUUUUAAUUGGUAAUUUUAAUUUUUAAAAAUCAGAGUUUUGAUCAAUUUCAAAUAUUAAUAUUUUUUUUUAUCCGGACUCGUUUUCCGGCUUGCUCCUUCUGUGUUCAAAAAGAAAAUUAUCUCUAUAUCACAUAUUCCCACUUUAUUUUUUUUUUUUUGGAUCCAAAAACAUUUUUGUUUAGAAUAGAUUUUGUCAGUCUCUCUUUCUAAUUAUUUAUGCUGUAUGGCGAAUUUUUGUAAGGCAAACAAUUAUAACCCACCUUUUUCAGAUUUCCCGACGGUUAUACAUAUGUAUAACUUCAAGAGAAUUAUUUUAAAUUAUUAAUUUCAAAAUUAAUUACAAUAUGUAAGUUAUAAAAAUUAAUUUCAUUUUGUGGGUUCAUAAGACUGUCUUCACUAAAGUACGGUAUUAACAAUGUGUGUAUAUUAUAGUUUUUCGUAACGUACCAUAGAAAAGUAUUGUGACAGUUACAAAUUUUGUAUUCAGUAAUGUCAAUGUAAUAUUGUAAUGGGAUAGUUUUUUGCAAAAUUUAGACAUCAGGACAAAUAAUACUGCUUAUAUACGAACAGAAUUUUUUUGCCUUAUUUAUAUUUGACCUAUUUUUGAACGUACAUCUCGUCAAAAUCAAUUUAUUUGUUAUUAAAAUUCUUUUUUUUUUUUUAUUAGAAUCCUAAUUUAUAAUUAAAACGAAAUUUUUCUAUUAAAUCCAAAAUAUCAUUUAUAACAAGAUUUUAAAAUUUUUACAAUUUUAACAUUUUGUUAACCAUAUACCGUAUUAUUCAGAACUUUGACAGCAGAUUUU